AACUACUACUAGUCUACUACUAUUUACGGUGACGGGUAAAAACAUAGGUUUAGAUGUUAUUUUAUUGUACUUUGUAUAGCUAAAGGACAAGAAUAACUUACAAAUAGUUUUAUUUAAAAUGCCUGUACCGGGUGCUGUUUAUCACAACCAAGGACCUUCGUGUUUUGAUAAAAUGAAAAUGGGUUUUAUGAUUGGUUUUUGUGUAGGGAUGGCUAGUGGAGGUCUUUUCGGCGGAUUUACUGCAUUAAGGUAUGGAGCAAGGGGGAAAGAGUUAGUACAUUCCGUUGGAAAAGUAAUGCUUCAAGGUGGAGGCACAUUUGGGACUUUUAUGGCUAUUGGAACUGGUAUACGUUGUUGAUUAGUUUUUUAAUGUCAAUAAGUUAUAUAAAUUAGUUUAUGUUACUUUAAA